UGUGGGAAGAACUGUUAUGAUGGCCUGUGUUGUGAGCAGACAAAUAAGAAAGAGAAACGAAAGAAAGAGAAAGGAAGAAAAAGAAAAAGAAAAUUGGAUAAAGACAGAGAAAAAUUAAUUGCAAAGGAAAUAUUAAGAAAAUUAGUUAAAUAAGUAUUUAGUUAUAUGCCACCUAAUUAGAAAAUGAUAUCUGUAUAGUCUGAAUCAGUUUUGUGCUUUAUUUUCCUCUUCGGUUAAAUUUUGAACCAAACCGCAACCAGUUCGCAGCUGCUCCCACUUCGGUUAAAUUUCCGGGCUAUCCAUGAACAAAACCGACCUGAUCCCACUCCAUUAAAUUUGCAUCCCCCUCCUCUCUCUGUUUCAAGAAACUUCUUUGAAGAAGAGAGUUGCAUGGUGCAUUGAAGAAGAAGCCAGUCCAGCAAUCCAUCAUCUCAACAUGCCAAAAGAUAAAAGGGUUAAUGCCUUUUCCUUCAACCGGGCAAGGACAUCUCCAUACACUUGCAGCUCAAAGAAAUCUGACCCCGAGUCACAGAAAUCUUUGCCACCAGUCGGGAAUGAAAGAGAGUGGGAAGAAGCUAGGUGUCCAAUAUGUAUGGAGCAUCCACACAAUGCUGUCCUUUUACUUUGUUCUUCACGAGACAAGGGUUGUCAGCCUUAUAUGUGCGAUACAAGUCAUCGACAUUCUAAUUGUCUUGAUCAAUUUUACAAAUCACAGGCAUUAUCAGGAGCAACUAGGUCUCAUGUGCAGCAGCAACCUGAGCUUGCUUGCCCUCUUUGCCGGGGACAUAUCGAAGGAUGGAUUGUUGUAGAGGCUGCUCGUAAUUUUAUGAACUCCAAAACAAAGAGCUGUGCCUUGGAGACAUGUAAUUUCACUGGUAAUUAUGCCGAACUAAGAAAACAUGCAAGGCGUGAACAUCCCUCUGAAAGGCCUUGUGAGGCUGAUCCUACGCGGCAGUCUGAGUGGACAAGAUUGGAGCAUCAAAGGAACUUUGAAGAUGAUUUCAGUGAGUAUCAAGCACCAUCUGAUGAUGACUCUUCUGGAGAUGAUUUCCUAACCGAGCUGUCUCUUGAUGGUGGUCUAUUUGACUCGGAGGCUGAGGAGGGAUUGGAUGAAGACAUCAAUAUAUCACUUGAUUUCGAGCUUCAAACGGACUUUGAAGAUGCUUUCAGUGAAUCUGAUGAUGACUCUUCUGAAGAUGACUUCCUAACAGAGCAGCCUCUUGAUGGUGGUGUAUUUGACUCAGAGGCUGAGGAGGGGUUGGAUGAAGACAUCAAUAUAUCACUGGAUUUCGAAUUUGAGCUCUCGUUCUCUUUCCCGAGUGAGUUCCCAUCGAUGCCUUGGGCACGGGAUAGGUCUCCAAGCUAUGCUCGUGGGGGAAACACCUAUCUAUCAGAGAGUGGGGCUAGAUCACAAAACAGGAGAUCCAGAAGAUCGGCAUCAAGUUCUGAUAACCACGAACGAAGGCCAACAGCUACAAGAAGCACAAAUUUGUCGUCAAGGCGCACGCCUAAUACACAAAGUUCAUCUAGGGAACGGAGACGGAACAGAUGAAUUUAACAUUUGGUUGUAAUUGUAGAGUUUAGCUCAUGCCUUUUAGUUAUUCAUCUCAUCUCUCGCACUCCUAUUACGGACUGUUAGUUUUUGUUUCGUGUCUUUCAUUCUUUUCCUCUUAAAAUUCAUAGUCCAACUUCGGUAUAGAUACUAAGCUUUGUUCUUCAUAUAGAAGGCUCUGCCGAUACUAACCUUAGUAUCUGCUUUUCCAGUAUUGGGCACUGUCCAAGUGACACUUUUGUUGCAUUUUAUGACAGUUUUUACUGAACGUUUGAUUUUAAAUGUUGAUUUGAGUUACAAUCC